UCUUUUAACUGGAACGUCUGGAACGGACGAACGGUCAAUGGAAUCGGAUUAGUCUAUGAACUAAAUGGAGCAAGUUGUAGCCACAGAGUAAUGAUAUUGCAGCACAGAACCACCACUGCCGGUGUGAAUCACAGAUUUCUAUAUAGAACGAUAGAUAUGGUAUAGAUAUAUUCAAUCUGUGGUGUGAAUCAACAACUUCAGCGUUCCACGAGGUAAACGACAUAAAGCAAGAAUACCAAAUGGUCGGAUGUUUUUGUUUUCGGUAUCAGUCAUCUGGAUAAGAUAAUAUUGUUGAAUGUUGAUACUUGAAUCAUAAAUCAUAUUAAUUUGUUUUUUGUUAUUCAUUUUCAUUAUAAUCUUUAUUUAUUUUUUUAAUUGUUUACAAUUUACAAAAUAUUGCAACAUAUUAAAAAAAAAACAACGAUCUAUUGGAAAAUUAAUAAGUAAUUAGUAAAUCAUAUUUAGUUGUUCGAUAAACACACAUUUGUAUCAAGAUGCCGAUGAUCAAAUUACAAAGUUCAGAUGGCGAAGUUUUUCAAGUAGAUUUUGAGAUCGCUAAAGCAUCGGUUACUAUCAAAACUAUGGUCGAAGACUUGGGCUUAGAAGAAGAAGAUGAAGAAAUUGUGCCAUUGCCGAACGUUAAUGCUGGAAUAUUGAAGAAAGUCAUCCAGUGGGCAACCUACCACAAGGAUGAUCCACCUGCUACCGAGGAUGACGAGGGACGCGAAAAGCGUACAGACGAUAUAUCUAGCUGGGAUGCAGAUUUCCUGAAAGUGGAUCAGGGUACGCUAUUUGAACUCAUAUUGGCUGCCAACUAUUUGGACAUCAAAGGCUUGUUGGACGUUACAUGUAAGACCGUUGCUAAUAUGAUUAAGGGGAAAACUCCUGAGGAGAUAAGGAAAACAUUCAACAUUAAAAAUGAUUUCUCACCUGCUGAGGAGGAACAAGUACGUAAAGAAAAUGAAUGGUGUGAAGAAAAAUAACUUAUUUUUAACUACAAAUGAAUAGGUAUAAUAUGAAUGUAUUAAUAAUUGAUCAACCACAUCAUAAUAUUACCUACAUUUAAAAUAUCCUUACUUUUGUUUUAUUUUUAUUCAAAAAUUAAAAUAUAAAUAUUUAACUUGAAGUUAUGCUAUAAUUCUAUUUUAGAUGACAAAUGUAAUUAGGUUUAUCAUAUUUAAUAUUUAAUUUUGCUUGGACUUUUAAAUAAAGUACUAGUAGUACUAAGUAUAUUUCAUAAUUUUAUUGCAUUUUGUAUGUAAAUUAAAUAACUAUUACAACAUAAUAGAUAAGUAUUUAUGUACUGAUGUAUGCAAAUUUUCAUUAAACAACAAGUAACUAUUAAUCAUUUCUAUUGUUCAAUAAAAUAAUAGGAUACAACUCUUUUUAUUUCAUGUAUAAUAUGAACUAAAAAACAAAAUCUUAAUGAAUUUAUAUUUGUUUAGCAUUUAAGAAUAUACCAUUUUUUUAAUGAACAUUUAUUAGUUGUAUGAAAAAAAAAUUGCUUCUGUGAUAAAUAUUACAAAUUAUUGCCAUUGAUAAGUUUUUUAUGUAAAGGAAGUGAUUGUAGUAUUUAGUAACAUAAAAUAUUUAUAAUAUGUAUAUUAAGAAAGGUAUGAACUAAAUACUAAUUAGUAAUAUUACGUGGUGUAUUUUAUAAUGAUUUAUCUAAAAUAUAAUUAUUUUAUAACUAUUAA